CCUUGUCUGUAAGCCCUGCUAUGGUAGUGCCCUCCAAGCCUAGACUCCUCCAGUUCUCUGGCUGGCUUGGGAUCGAAGGCUAGUAGGCAAGUUGGGUCCUACUGGGUUUUUCUUAACAAGGUACUCAACGGUGGAGGACAGUGGGCUCUUCUGCCAGCUUUAUUUAUAACAGUUUUAGACAUUUGUUAGUACAUACUAUUUCAAAAGUGAAACUUAACUGUUUCUCUUUUCUUUUCUCCAUUUUCUUUUCUGUAGAUCGAGACCACUAACCAGCAUCAUGGAGUUUUGAAGAUGCCUCAUUUGGAUUGGACUUAUUCCAAAUUCUGUUUUCUUGCUUUUUAAUGCUGAUAUGCUUUUAUGCUUUAUGGACAUAAAUCAGAAGUUAUAUUGAUGUUACCACAAAUAUCAUCUUCUUUAUAAUUUUUCUUUGUGCACUGCGUCUCCAUGUUUGACCUGUCUUGGCAUGUAGCUGUAGUUGGGGUGCUGGCAGCGUAGAGGUGGGGAGGAAAGAACUCUCAUGUUCAGCAUCAACAUCUUGGUCAAAUUUGAAGUCUUUAUUGUCUUUUGCACACAAAACUAGGUAGUAAGAUUACUGCAUAUUUAGAGUAAACCUCCAAUUUGUAACGUUUCUUAGAAUUUUGGAAAAUUUUUGGAAAGAUAAUUGUCAGAAUUAUUGGAAAUUUAUUAUAGCGGAUGACAUUUUGUCAUGAAAUCAUAUUUACUUCUUAACAUCUGUUAGUAUGAGACAUGGUUGUGCCUGUUUUUAUUUUAUUUUGUUUCACUAAUUAAAAUGCUGGUAAAACUUGAUGUGUUUAGUACUUAUAUAUCACUCCUCUUCUAACCCCUUUGUUCAAACAGGGAAAUGAUCUUCAAAUAUCACUUGGAGAAGAGUGUGAACUCCUGAUGUGUAGGGUUUGGCUCAUAGUGGAAGGGGCAUCAGUGAUCUGCAUUUUACGAAUGAGGAACAGCAUCCCCAAAAAGUUAAAUGACUUAAGUUAAAAAUUCAGAUUGAGCUUUCCCAUAAGUGGCUCCCAGAAGAUUCGCCCCACCCCACUGUUGGAACACAGCGGUUGUGGAGAUGGAGACAGGAAGGGAACCAGAAUCAGAGCUCAAAUAUACCAGAAAAUGUGGGCUCUAAAUUCGUAUGUAAGUCAGAGACUGACUGGCCAAGAGCUGUGGGACAUUGAGGACUUUAGCAUUCACUGUAAACUUUGGCACAUGUCACUUAUUUCUCUGAAUACUGGAUCCAAAAAGCACAAUGAACACAAGAAUGUGCUAUGGUACCAGGGUGAAUUCCAGACAAGCACGAGAAUUCUGUACACCUGGGGAAGGAGGCACAACUCCUGAGGUGAUCUUGGAAGUGGAACUGAUAGAACUUGGGGAAAGUGAUGAAAUAAUUGACCUCACUUGUGACUCUCUAGAACCUGCAGUGAUUGACCUAACUCACCAUGACUCUGUUGUGAUUACGGAAGAAAGGAGGAGGCAAAGGGGAACUACAAGGUCACUCCAAGGCCAAACUGGCAGCCGUGUGGUGAGCAGUGAUAAGGAGGGGUUGAUGAGGGACAGAGAUGUAUCUGUGACCAACAGUGCCUACCAUAAUGCCCUGGAAGAAGAAACUUUAAGUUGCACACUACCUGGUUAUAUCUGGUGUCGAAUUUGUAGGGAUGGGUACUUAGAGAUUGAACUGAGUAAACGACGUAUCUACUCUACAGAAUGUGGCCACAUCUUCUCUAGUCAGUGCCUCUGCACUUCCCUUAAAUAUACUAGAAAUUGCCCAGUUUGUUUGAAAAAAAUCAGCUGCCAUCUGUACCACCGCAUCUAUAUAUGAUGUGUGCUGUGUUGCUCAGGACAGACAGACAACCUAGCUAGAUUCUUCCAUGUCCUUGUGCAGAAACUAUGGGUUGUUGGCAUUCAGUGCACUGAGUUAAAAACGCCUGAUUUUAAAAAUUGCUCUCUGGAGUAAAUAAACAUUUUUUUUCAUUUCCCACACACAAUGAGACUACCUUUUGAUUUGUUUUGUUUCAUGCUGCAGGACUGCACUUGGUUGUCAUAGUGUGCCAGAGACUGGUGGUUGUCCUCAAAGCAAAUAUUCCUUUCUUUCUCAUAACAAUCAAUUUUUAAUUGGCCACAUGUGAGCAUUUUGGGUCAUGUAAAUAAGGGCAGCAUCCUAGAGAUGAUGGAACAAGAUGGAAGGAACCUGAGAGACUGACAACUUUGC